CGGCGCCGCGUCCACCUGCGUCUCGUCGCUCCGCCGCCGCUCUCCGUCCUCCGCGCCGGCCCUCGGGGCGACUAUGGUCUCGGGCGAUGGACGCGCGCAGAGCUGGACAUGCCUUUGAGAACCUGAUUGAAACCUUAAAGGACAGUUCACAGAAGAAGUUCUUCAAUGUACCUAAACUUGGAGGCACCAAGUAUGAUGCUCUGCCUUACUCAAUACGGGUCCUGUUGGAAGCUGCUGUACGAAAUUGUGAUGGCUUUUUAAUGAAAAAGGAAGAUGUUUUGAGCAUUUUAGACUGGAAAACCAAACAAAGCAAUGUUGAAGUGCCCUUUUUCCCUGCCCGUGUUCUUCUUCAAGAUUUUACUGGAAUACCGGCAAUGGUGGAUUUUGCUGCUAUGAGGGAGGCAGUGAAAACACUUGGAAGCGAUCCUAAGAGAGUCCAUCCUGCCUGUCCUACAGAUCUUACAGUUGAUCAUUCCUUACAGAUUGACAUCAGUAAAUGUGCUAUACAGAAUGCUCCAAAUCCUGGAGGUGGGGACCUUCAGAAAGCAGGAAAGUUCUCUCCUCUAACAGUACACCCUAAGAAGCUUCCCUGCAGAGGCCAGACGACUUGCCGGGGAACCUGUAAUUCUGGAGAACUAGGCCGAAACUCAGGAAAAUUUUCGCAGAUUGAGAACAUACCUAUUCUGUGUCCUUUCCAUUUGCAACCAGUGCCUGAACCUGAAACAGUGUUAAAAAACCAAGAAGUAGAAUUUGGCAGAAAUCGAGAGAGGCUUCAGUUUUUCAAGUGGAGUUCAAAAGUGUUUAAAAAUGUGGCUGUGAUCCCUCCUGGAACUGGAAUGGCUCAUCAAGUCAACAUAGAGUAUUUGUCAAGAGUGGUCUUUGAUGAGAAGGACUUCCUCUUCCCUGACAGCGUCCUCGGCACAGACUCACAUAUAACCAUGGUGAACGGUUUGGGGAUUUUGGGGUGGGGGGUUGGAGGAAUCGAAACAGAAUCAGUCAUGCUUGGUCUGCCUGUUUCCUUCACUUUACCAGAAGUGGUUGGAUGUGAGUUAACUGGCACUUCGAACCUUUUUGUUACAUCCAUAGAUGUCGUUCUUGGCAUUACAAAGCACCUCAGACAAGUAGGAGUGGCUGGAAAGUUUGUUGAGUUUUUUGGAAGUGGAGUUUCACAAUUAUCUAUAGUGGAUCGAACUACAAUAGCUAACAUGUGUCCAGAAUACGGUGCUAUCCUCAGCUUUUUCCCUGUUGACAAUGUGACAGUAAAGCAUCUAGAGCAUAUAGGCUUUGACAAAGCCAAACUCAAGUUAAUGGAAACAUAUCUUAAAGCUGUGAAGUUGUUUCAAAGUGACCAGAAUCAUUCAGGACAGCCUGAAUACUCCCAGGUGAUCCAGAUUAAUCUGAAUUCAAUUGUUCCAUCUGUCAGCGGUCCAAAAAGACCUCAGGAUAGAGUUGCUCUGACAGAUAUGAAAAGUGAUUUCCAAGCUUGCCUGAAUGAAAAGGUUGGAUUUAAGGGCUUCCAAAUAGCAUCUGAAAAACAAAAAGACAUCAUCACUAUUGGUUAUGAAGGAAGUGAAUAUAUGUUGUCUCAUGGAUCAGUGCUCAUCGCUGCAGUGAUCAGCUGCACCAACAGCUGCAACCCGUCUGUCAUGCUCGCUGCAGGUCUUUUGGCCAAAAAAGCUGUGGAAGCUGGUCUGCGUGUGAAACCUUACAUCAGAACCAGCUUAUCUCCAGGCAGCGGUAUGGUGACUCAUUACCUCAGUGCAAGUGGAGUGCUGCCUUAUCUCAGUGAGCUUGGGUUUGAGAUCGUCGGCUACGGAUGUUCCACCUGUGUAGGAAAUACAGCACCUUUACCAGACGUAGUUUUAAAUGCAGUUAAACAGGGCGAUUUAGUUACCUGUGGAGUUUUAUCGGGAAACAAAAAUUUUGAAGGUCGUCUUUGUGACUGUGUUCGUGCCAAUUACCUUGCUUCUCCACCCCUAGUGGUCGCCUAUGCAAUAGCGGGCACAGUGAAUAUCGAUUUCCAGACAGAACCAUUAGGUACAGACUCCUCUGGCAAGAAUGUUUAUCUGCAUGAUAUUUGGCCCACACGAGAAGAAAUCCAUCAGAUUGAGGAAGAACAUGUUAUAUUUUCAAUGUUUAAAUCAUUGAAAGAGAAACUUGAGAUGGGAAACAAACGAUGGAAUUCCUUAGAAGCACCUGAUUCACCUUUGUUCCCGUGGGAAGUGAAGUCCACUUAUAUCCGAUGUCCUUCCUUUUUUGAUAAGCUUACCAGAGAACCAGUUGCCUUACAGCCCAUUGAGAAUGCCCACGUCUUAUUGUACCUUGGAGAUUCUGUCACCACAGAUCACAUCUCGCCUGCUGGGAGCAUCGCCAGGAGUAGCGCUGCUGCCAAAUACCUGACACACAGAGGCCUCAGUCCUCGUGAAUUCAACUCAUAUGGAGCCAGGAGGGGGAAUGAUGCCGUGAUGACAAGGGGCACCUUUGCCAACAUCAAACUUGUCAAUAAGUUCAUAGGCAAACCAGCGCCCAAAACAAUUCAUUUCCCAUCAGGACAGAAGCUGGAUGUCUUUGAGGCUGCUGAACUGUACCAGAAAGAAGGUAUCCCACUGUUGAUCUUAGCAGGCAAGAAAUAUGGUUCCGGAAAUUCCAGAGACUGGGCUGCCAAAGGACCCUAUUUGCUGGGUGUUAAAGCCAUUUUGGCAGAGAGCUAUGAAAAAAUCCACAAGGAUCAUUUGAUAGGAAUUGGAAUUCUGCCUCUUAAAUUCUGUCCAGGAGAAAGUGCAGAUUCUUUGGGUCUCUCUGGUCGAGAAACAUUCUCUUUUACAUUUCCCAAAGACCUCUGUCCUGGAUUCACAUUAAUGAUGAAGACCAGUACGGGCAAAGCAUUUGAAGUCAUUGCUUCUUUGGAAAACGAUAUGGAAAUAACUUUGUAUAAACAUGGAGGAUUAUUAAACUUUGUGGCCCGGAAAUUCUUAUAGUACCUCCUCACAUCACCCACCCUUCUGUGCUGGACCCAGGAAUCAUUACGACGGAGCCACGGGCAGCCCAUGCAGUUUGCUGGGUCACCUCACUUACGGGCAUAGUCAACGAUGGCGAACCUAUGAAGUCUGUCGACUUUAAAUAAUACACACAUGGUGCUAUUUUCAUUGCUAAAAGUCAGUGUGUGAAAUGUCAUUGCGAGAACUUGUAAGUAAGCAGGUGGGUGUUUGUAAAUAAUGGGAAACUUUUAUCUAUCUCGUGUUGAACCUUCUUGUAUAAAUUACCUUCCCACAGUUGUAGUUGGAACCUCUAAAACUGUCUACUGCUGUUUGUUGGUUUAAGAGUAGCCUGUUAUCCCAGAAGGCAGAGUACACUGGAAUCAAUGAACAUUAGAACUCUUUUCUGUGAGCUCUUUUAAUUCCUAACUCCCUUUUAGAAUUAAGCUUUUUUUUUUCACUUAUUUUGCAUUAUUUUUUAUUCUAUACAUAAUGCUCUAACCAAUUUUGCUUUUUCCAUACAUAGUAUACCCCAAUCAUUUUUAAACCAAACACACUAUAAUUGAUUUUAAAGAACAAAUUGUAGAUAUAAUUAAGGCCAAUUAAACUAAGUGAACUAAAAUGUUGGGUAUACCUUUCAGCGGCUACACUGUGACUUGAGAGCGGGUCAUGGGGUCCCUGCAGGUGCAGGGGUGUCUGGAGGAAAGAUUUUUUUCUUUCUGGCUGUUGAACAGCUGCUCUGAGCAUGCUAGAGGUCCCAAGUUUCAGCCAGGAAUUUAUGCAAACUACCUUUCUGCUGCUCUUUCGGAAUAAUAAAGACGGGCAAAGAUGGGGCUGCACCAUCAGAAUUCCAGUUCCUAGGGCCACCCAAUGUGUUGAGAACUGGCUUCUGAAUCAGUGUUGUUGGGUCACCCCUGGUAGCUCUCGGACCCUCUGGCUGUUCUGGAGUCCAUCAAAUAGACUGGACACGGCGACCUUCCCUUAGAUGGCUGUGAGUUUCUCCCUAGAUGAAUGGCCAUGCCUGGACACCUCUCAAGAGAAGCUCUCUAUGGAUGUGAUGCUGGAGACCUACCAGCUCCUGCGGCCCAUAGGAAAAUGCAGGGUGACGCCUGCACUGAUCUUCCUUGGGAGUCUGCAGAGAGGUGUGUUUGGAGAAUGCAGAGUACCAGUGCAGAAUUCUACCAAUUUACAUUCAAAAAUUAACUUUUGGAAUGGGAUCUCCAAACAGGAGUGAGUUGGAAAGCUGAAACCCCCACUGGGUUUUGCAUGAUUCUGUGGUAUGAGCCACAGCCUCGAGGGAACAGCCCUGCCUGUAUCGUGAUGGGACUGAGAACUCUGGGGUUAUCUGUUCACUUGGCCAGAAUGAGGAGAGCAUCCUCGCUGUGGAGACCCAGUCUAUUUGUCACAACACUCCUGAGUCUGGUUUGUCCAGUCCUUGGAUUCAGUACUCCAGAGUUGGGUCACUUUCUGCCAAGCAACCAACAGUGUUUGCUCUGAGCCCCUCAUGUCAAGAGGCUCACAACAUUCUCCAUAGAGUGGGACUACCACAGGCAAUCAAUGUGAGGGGCACUGCCCUGUGCUUGGCACUGUGAUGUGCCCUCGGAUACUCCUAUUACACAGGAUUCCUCUGACAGCUAAGUGACAUACUCUUGAGUCAGUGGUCACAUCCAAAUUAUUCUAAAACUAAGGAAGUUGGGAAAGGCAACAAAUGUCAUAUUUGUCCUGAACAUGGCAAGGCCUGCACUUAUUCAUUUCCCUUAUUGGACACAAGAAAAUUGAUACAGGAGAAAAGGCUUAGACAUGUCAGGAGUGUGGGAAGGCCUUUUCUCGGUCCUCAAUGCUCAUUAGGGUCAUAAAUAUUCAUAUAGGAGAGAAGCUUACUUAUUAGGAGUGUAGGAAGGCCUUCACCCAUUCAUCAUUACUUAUUAGUCACAAGAGCACUCAUACAGGAGAGAAGCCUUAUUCAUGUCAGGAGUGUGGGAAGACCUUCACUCGAUCAUUUCUUAUUAGGGAUAUGACUCUGUACAGGAGAGAAGCCUUAUACCUGUCAGAAGUGUGGAAAGACCUUUUCUCGAUUCUCAAUGCUCAUUAGGCACAUGAAUAUUUUUACAGGA